UUAUUUUAUUAAAUAGAUUAUUAGUUAAUGUUAAAAAGCUUAAGCUGUUCAAAAUUACUUUAUUGACUGUGAUUUUUAUUUUUGUAUCUUUGUAAACUUUAAGCAAACAAGAGAUGGAAGAGGCUGUGCAGUGGGCAGCCAACGUGAUGGAUCAUAAAACAGGAAUAGAAAAGAAAGCUCAGGAAGAGGAGAGAGUGGGGAAGUGUGAGAUUUUGGAUCUGAGUGGAGGAGAGAACAUCACAGAGCUGUACAAAAGGAAAAAGAAGAUCAAGAAAGCAUGCUCACCCAAGGCAUUUGUGGAAAUCCCGGUGGUACAGCUUGAGGAUACUGCAGAAUUCAUGAAUGCAGCCGGUCAAGGCAAGCUGAAUGUAAUAGACAAGUAUCUGGCUGAUGGUGGGAACCCUAAUGUCCAUGAUGAGUUGAAAAGGACGGCACUACAUCGCGCCUCCCUGGAAGGACACACUGCAGUUGUCCAAAUGCUUUUAGAAAAAGGAGCCGAUAUCAACUUUAAAGAUCAACUGGGCUCCAGGGCCAUACACUGGGCAUGCAGAGGGGGAAGCCUGGAAGUUGUCAAAGCCCUUAAGAGCCAUUGGGCUGACCUGAACGUUAGAGAUAAGUUGUACAGCACUCCUCUGCAUGUGGCCACAAGAACAGGCAACACCGCCAUUGUGGAGUACCUGCUGUCCUGUUGUGCCAAAAUCAACUCCAGGGACAGGGAAGGGGACACAGCCCUGCAUGAUGCUGUGCGCCUCAACAGAUACAAGAUAGUGAAGCUGCUCGUAGUUGCAGGGGCUGACACAAAAAUAAAAAACCAUGAGGGAGUAACAGCGUUGCAGCAGGUAAAACAAUGGCAGUUUGACAUCAUGGAGACCAUGCAGAGACUGGAAAAGCUGAGGGAGGUGGGACUGGUGGCGCCUGAAAACACAUCCAGAGAGAGGAGUGAAUAGUGCAAAAAACUGCAAAUCUACUGCAGUAUAUUCUUUAUAUUGUCAGUUACUAUGACUAUCUGUCUCAGGUUCAAAAUACAUUCUGCAGUUCCACUGUAGGACUACGUACAUCAUAAAAAUAUGCAUUAUAUGUGCUCACCAAGAAAAUCUGCCUUCCCAGGGCGAUGCUGCUAAACCUCUGGGAUUAGCCUGAACUCUGACACUAUAAAAUGUCAGCUUGGAUGUGACGGAUUCCAAAUGAUCUGCUUAUCUCCAGAAGGAGACAAAAUAUAUGGAUAAGGAAACAAAGCUGAAUUUCUCUGAUCUAUUUGCUUCUAAAGAGCUUUAUGUUUUUAGGAGCACUCUCACAUAUGUCUCAUAUCUGAUUUAUAAUGUAUUUGGACGUUGAAUAAUAUUAAUGUAUAGUGCUGUACAGAGGCUGUGUUUGAAUAUACAUCAAGAGAUCCUUGUUUUAUCAAGGCGACAGACACGGCCAGAGCACACAGUAGCACUGUGUGUGAGGCGUCAGCUGACGAUAGCAGAGAUGGCUGGUAUGCCCCCGCUAAAGUCAGGGAUUCAAGGGGAGCUCAGUGGACAUAUUUUCCUUCUACCAUCAGUGGCUCAAAUGUUCCUGAGGGCGGUU